GGAUAAUAUAUAAUAUUACACCUAUAAGGGAUGUUAAUAUAUGUUAUAAAAAAGUAAUUUCACUCAAGUAAAUGACACUUGAGUUAAGCUAUCAAAAAGCAGGCCAUUUGCCAUUCGUCAUAUGCCAAUCUAAAAUCAUGGAAUUUAGUGUAGCUUUUGAAUGUAAAAUCUACAGAUGAAUUACUCCUAACUAAAUCAGCCAAGUUGCUACCUUCAGGCACUUGAACAAAAUUUCACUUCCUCCGCUUGGAGAUUGAAUCCUUAGAUCCUUAGAUCGUUGGUCAUCAUCAUCAACAUCAUUGGCAUAACGAUGAUGCACCAGCGUUUCCGGACGAGGGUCCAAUCACCAUUACGCAAUCGACGUCGCCGCUUAAGGAGCGGAUUAGAGCCGUCUUCCGGAAGUCCCGAGGAUGACAAAAUGUGCUGGAUUUGUCUUUCAGGUGAUGAGGAUCAGCAUCGCCGAGAUUGGCUGUUCCCUUGCCGAUGCCGUGGUACCAAUAAAUGGGUUCACGAAUCGUGUCUGAAUCGUUGGAUCGAUGAGAAACAAUUAAUGGCACCUGAUGUUCCGGUGACAUGCAACCAAUGCCGUACGGAGUAUAUCAUAGUGAUGCCGCCGAUGUGCCGCUUUGAUGCACUAUUGGAGCGACUGGAUAAGUGCUAUGAACGUUUGUGCCCCAGUGUCCUUAUGGGAAUCCUGGCUGCCACUGUCUACUUCUCGGCCGUAACCUACGGAGCAUUGACUUUGCUGGAACUCGCCGGCUAUGAGACGGGCAUGAAGCUGCUCCAAGAGGAUUCCACUUUGCUAAUGAUCCUGCUACCAUCUGUGCCAACCGUCUUGAUCCUAAGCAGGAUGAUCCAUUGGGAUGAUGCACUUAUUCGCUGGCUGCGACGUCACAAUCGCGUGAGUAUUCCCGCCGAUCAGUUGGAUCCUUUGGGCGAACCACUCCCAGGUGCUCCCCUGGAUGAUGAAUACUUUGAUCAAUUGGAACGCGAGCAUCCGCCCUCUGAUAGCCCAUUGGGAAGUGGCUUUGGCUCGGAGAGCCUGGGACGCGUCUCCACCAGCUUUUGUGUCGCCCUCAGUCUUCCCACAGCUUCUGUGGUUCUGGGAAAGUGUUUGUUUGGUGGCGUCUAUAAGGAAAACAAACUGAUGGGCAUCAUCAUGGGCGGAAUGACCUUUUUGGCGAUCAAGGGAUUGGCCAGUGUUUAUUUGAGACAAUCGCAAUAUCAACAGAGACGCCAUCGUUUUGUAAGGGACUAUGCUCCGGAAAGUGUAACAUAACCCGCCCGUCAUUGAUAUCGUGAUGCCAAUCCAGUCCAGAGAACCUAAAGUUCUCUGGAUUUCACCUAGUUUUUGAUUAUUUAUUUUUUACAAUUAAAAUAAAUCCAUUGAUAGGAUCAGUAGAAAAAUUAA